CGCCCACGCGAUCCGAUCCGAUCCGAUCUGAUCCGCUGCGUGCUUGCUGCUUAUGAUUAAUUAUUUCUCCUGGCGGACAUGGUUUCCGACGGUGAGGUACUCACUAUUGGCCGGUGGAUUGGUCGUUUUCCGAGAGGAAGGAGGUCGAGCGGAAGUGUGCUUGCCGUCACUCCUAUUUCACAUUGGAUUAUGCGCAGACGAAACUCUGCUGCGGCGCCGGCGCCGGCGCCGGCGCCUGCUUCCACGAGGAAGCUCGCCGCCUCACUGUGGCGGUCCGCCGCGGCGACCGAUGGUAGUGGAAGCGUGACGUGGCGGUGGAACCAUCAAUCUGAGCUUUUUCCAUCGUUGCCAAUUCCUAAAUUCGCAACGGAGAAAGAUGAACUCAGACCAAGAGUAAAGCCGAAGGAAGAAAGGGCAUCAAAGAGGAGAACAGAGCACGAUAACAUGCGAUCGAUAGUCAAGAAUUUAGCAGACAGCAUCAAGAAGGAGAAGAGAAGAUGCAGCAAGUUGGAGGUUGUUAACUCCAAACUGUUGAGUAACAUUGUUCGAGCGAAGCAAUCAUCAUGGAAAGUCCUGCAAAAUCUCGAGAAGGAGAAGAAGGCCAGAGCUCUGUUUGAGAAUGAUUUCGAUGAACUAAGCAAAUGUUUCGAAGUCAAGAGAGCUGAAAUCGGGGCAUUGAGGGAUCAUCACGCAAGAAUUCUUCAUGAGAUCAAUGGAGAGAGGGAAUUGCUGCAAAUGGGCCAAGGAUGGAGGGAAGAAUAUGUGCAGAUGAAGUUAAUCGACGUAAGUUUGAUUCUAGAAGAUAAGCUUACGAAGAUUAACAAUCUCAUAAUGGAAUGCGAAGCAAUUAUGAAUCCAUCAAAUUCAACAACACAUGUGAAUUUGAUGAGGGAAGCUGAAGAAAGUAGUAUGGCUGUUAAUAGCUUUAGCCAUGGCCAAGGACACUAUUCCUCAAUUGUCCACCAUAAUAAUGCUCAUGAGAUCAGGGAAGACACAAGAAACGGCAAACAGACUGUGACUCGAGCUGAUAUGAAUUCGUGCCAAACCCCCGGCGAUUAUAGAAAUAAGGACAGUGAAAUUUCUUUGGCUCCAUAUGCUCACUCGAAGAACAUUACAAGCUCAUCAUGUGUUGGCAUGCCAAGAACUGAAGGUCCGUGCGAUAACAUCCGGAUCAAUGAGAGGGAAAGCAUUUCGAAGAGAUGGAUAUCCUCAACUAAACAUUGGCUGUCUCCAAAACAAGUUUUAGGAAAAGGAAACCAUAAUCUUGCCUAUCCAUGUGGUUUAGUUAAGCAUAGGAACAAGCCUGGAAUAGCUUCAUCGAAAAAGGACCGAAUCCAAAAACAUGGCUCUUCUUCUAAACUUCUAAAAACCAAGUUAGUCGGUCCCAAAAUGCUGGUGCGCGACAUACUUGAACAGAGGAGUUAGAGUUCUCUGAAUAAUUCAGCCCCAAGGCUGAAAUGUUACAAAAGCUUAGUGCUAAUGGCACCCAAUGCAAUGGAGAGCCCAUUAAAAGCAGAGAGGUAUCACAUUACUUGUAUUAUUUUUCAUUCAAAAUAAAUCAUCAAAAUGAGCCCAAGACGAUGCUAAUUGAUGAUUAAGAAAGAAUGCAUAUAGAUUCCCUGAAAUCCCCAAAUUGCUUGUCGUGGAAAGACAGGUAAAUGUGCUAAUGAAUGCAUCAUGAUGUGGUGCCAUUAAAAUGCAUAGAGAAUUAAGAUAUGAUGAUGAUGAUGAUGAUAAUGUGGUGUGACCUUUGGAGUUCAUAAAAAAUUAGAAAUGGCAGUGGUGUGGCACACUCUCUAUCAGUCAGUGGGAGUCCUUUUGAAGUUAGUGAAAGGGCAUGGAAGAAAAGAUUCUCCUCCAAUGUCUUAAUAAUGAAAUGAUUGAUUGUUGUCCAAAGAGUAGUUGAAGUGGAGCUGCCAUGACUGACUGCCAGAGUAUUUGCUGGAUAUAUAUAUAAUUUGCAUCUGCAAAGAAGAUGAUAAUAUAUAUAUAUAUAUAUGGUUUUUUGUUUAAUGUAGGAGAGAUUGUUUAUAGUAGGAAUAAACUUCUGGCUUAGAAGAAGGAAAAAGAUUUGAUGGAUCUACAUGAAUUCGACCACCAAGACCGAAUCUUCUUUCUUAAUUUCAAGAUUGAUCUUUUAGGGUUUGAUAAAUGAAAAGGGAUUUGC